UCGAAACAUGCACAUGGCCCCGAUGGCUCGAGGAAUGAAGACGCGAAGAAAUCGACGAUCAACGUGCAGAUGAGAUAAGCUCGGUCUUCUUUCCCCGUCGUUGUAUUUUUCUGUCAUAGAGAUUAUUUGAAUCGAGGAUGUCACAGCUACCUUUACCAAAUUUUGGAAACUUUCGACCGGCUUUCAACACUGGUGGAAAUCCAGGUUGGCCAAUGCAAACUGCACCGUCGAUUUUUGGAAGACCACACAGCUCUUCGAUGAGUUUUUCACCCUUACUACCUAUUCACUCUUUUCCUGGCUACCCUGGAUGUCACAUCAUGCCUGGAUUACAGCCAAAUAUACACAUGUUACGACCUCCCUUCAACCACGUGGUAUCCCAGGAAAGGAACCCAUCGUUACAACAACAAAGAUCACUGGCUACCAAUGUCCAAGGAUCAGCAAGCAAAACAACAGAAAUUAGGGAAAAUGUCUCCUUGAGGAAAGAGUUCAGUUGUGAUGCUUGUCAGAAAGAUUUUUCAAGUAAGGAAACUCUGACUGCACAUUUAGGAUCCCACAUUCAGUGUAGUUAUGAGGGGUGCACAUUCAAGGCUGGAAGGAAAGUCUUGAAACUUCACUGGAUACAGACUCAUGAAACUGGCAGAAUGAAGAUUAAGUUGGAUACUCCUGAGGAAAUAGAAAAGUGGAGAGAGGAAAGAAAAAGGAAGUAUCCCACCCUGGCCAAUGUACAGAAAAAAAUGGAAGAAGAUGCAAAGAGGAAAGCCUCUGGGCAAGUUUUAAAAACCAAGAAUUUUAGAUACCGCAGAGGCCAGGGUAGAGGUAGAUCAUUUCAGCAAGGUGGUCGGAACCAUUUUAACAACAGAUGUCAUCCAAAGAGGUUCCCACAGGAACCAAAUGAGCUAGACCACACAGCUGGUGGUGACCAAGGAAAAAAGCAAUUCAGAGAUGUGAACCAGGAGAAGGAAGUACAACCUUCUGAUAGACAAUGCAAUGUUGAAGAUCCACUUUCACUGGUUCUUGAUGAUUGUGUGGUAAAUGGGCAAGGAAAUCAAAUGGAGGAGUGUGCAUCUCAAGAAAGAUUGUUGAAAGAAACCCCAGCUAAAUCUGACCCAGCUUCUUGUAGUGGAACAUCUGGGAUAUCAGCUCUAAGUUCACUCUGCACAAUGUAUGCCAGUGAUUCAGAAGAAGACAAACCAUCAGUAGAAAUAAACAACAACACUGCCAGCCCUCCACAAGCAUCAACAACAGAAGAGAAAGGUGCCACCAAAUGUACAUCUGCUGAUAGAAAUGUGAAAAAAGAUCAUUUCACAGGAACAAGACGACGUACCAGAAGAUCAGGAAAACCAGUUUCAAAGGGAAAGUCUAACUUUGUGGGAGUAAGGAAGUCAACUCUACUGGAAAAGUUGUUGGCACCAGAUAUUCGUCAUGAAAGAAAUUUAAUUCUCCAGUGUUUGCGAUAUAUUGUAAAAAAAAAAUUCUUCAUAGUAGGAGAUACAAGUGUUUCAGAAAAUGUUGUCAAUCAUUGAAAUUUUGAUGAGUUUGAAAAUCAAUUAUAACUGGAAAGAUACUGGUACAUGGUUUUAUGGACUGUAUUUUUUUGUAAGAUUAAAGACAUCUUUGAUACUAAAAUUAAUGAAUUGGUAUGGCAUUAACUACCCAUUCUACAAAGAAAAAUAUUACAACUUAAAACAACUUAAUUUUAGAA